AAACUCUUCGCAUACAACUGAUUUAUCGUCCGUUUCAUGCAUUCAUUCCAUGAAAUCAUGCUUGAAACCCUGGUUUCAACCACCACCAACACGAUUACAGCCGAGCAGCAAAACAGUUCAGUAUAACCAAGUGGCUGGUUCGUCAAUCUGCCCAAUUUGACGUCAAAACUAAUAUAAAAUUUUGUAUUUCCAUACCACAAAAUAUCUCCCAACGAGCAAUACAAGAGAAAGAAGAAAAAAAUAACAAACUAUACAGCAGAAUAUUUUACAUAAUCGGUUUUACACACGUUAUAGAAAGGAAUUUUACCGCAAUCAUUAUAUUUUCUUUAGUUUCGAUUAGAAUAAUAAUUUCGAAGAAAAUUCUUUGUACCCAUUUAAAGGUUCAACGAAUUAAUCAUUUUGUGUUGCAUCGAGUGGAAGUGGUGGUACAAUUUCGUUUUAAUAACAUUCGGACAAUAAAAAGAAUCGAGAGACGUAAAUUUAUUAUGAAGUGUGUUGUGUGUUGUAUAUAGCAAAGUGAUACGAAAGUCAUGUCGUCGAAGAAAAUGGAACUUUCAAUGGACUUGGGAAAUUGGAAGCUCUUUUUCUCGAAACUUGUUUCGUUCUUUAUUUGAUGAUUGCAAAACGGAAACUAAUAAAAUCGAAUAUCUAACUGGCUGAAGUGAGAUUUUAAUUAUUUUGUUAAAUAAAUCGGUGUGUGAUAUAAUACAGAGCCAACACAAAAAACGGAAGUAGAAUGCGAUCAGUAGGAGUGACUAAAUUCUUUUCAUUGAAUACUGACAACGUCCUGGCUACAGAACUAAUGAAAUGUGAAAGUUAGUGCCAUGAAUCGACGAUAUUCCAAUCUCUAUUGUCUUGCCGAGCCAAUGGAAUAAUCAUUUUUCAACACUAAUUUGUUGGAUGUCAUCAGUUUCGAGAAAAUGGAGAAUCAACGGUGAAAGAAAGUCUUCGGAAACCAUGCUAGACUAUGCAGCGUGUUCCAAUAGCCGAUGAAACAGAUUUCUACCAGCCAUAAGAUUCAACGCUGUUCGAAAAAACGUAGAGCGAUUAAGCGGCGCAUUAUCAACCUGAACUUAAGCAUAAAAUGGCUGAUGAGCCGGAACAGCUUCGAACAUUAAAACAAAAAGCCUUAUUCUAUACCACAGCGUUUUUCGUUCUGCUUGGAACCUUUAGCUUAUUUGCAUUUUUAUUCCUGGUACCAUUUGUAAUUGAUCCUGCCUUCACCACAAUUUUCAUGCAAUUUGACACAAAUGCUGCUUUCUGUGUGACUGUUGAAACCGAACAUUUCAAAGGAGCUUCAAAUUGCUCCUGGACCAGUUGUAGAGAAGGAUGCACAAAGGAAGUGUACGAAUGCACACAGAUCCGCGUGAAUUACAAAGUGUUUAAACCGUCGAAUUCUAGCAACGAAACUGUAGAUAGUAACAUUAUAGAUGAAAUUAGUGCUAUGGAGCCAAGAGACAAAGUUCGGGUUGAACGAGGAAUCAUACCCGAUUAUGAAUAUUCGGACAACUUGAUUCCUGAAAGGGAUUCGGAAAAAUCAAUUGAAGGCGUUAAGUUUAUGGAUUAUUCCGAAGAAUCAGACCCGACGUUGACUGGGAAUGAUUCAUGGUUCUUUACCGGCGCAAGGCUAUUUCCGAACGUCAAAGGUUGUGGUUAUCCGCCCAUGCUAAAUUGCAGCAUAUGGGCGAAGAAAUACAAGGAAAUUGGUUCGAAUUUCUCGUGCUAUUAUUCGAAAGUUGAUCCCGGUCUUGUGAUAAGUGACCUGGAUAUGUGGCAAAAUUCGCUCAAUCUGGUCCUUGCAAUGGCCAUUCCAAUACCAUCAUUUAUCAUUUCCAUCAUAUACUUGACCUUUGCCUACUUUAAAAUCUAUAACGAAGACGAAGAGAAGGCACCGCUCGACAAAAAUGCCGAAGAAAUUGACGGCGAAAAUCUGGAAAAUGAAACGGACGAAGUGAUAUCUCCGAAUGGGCCGAUUGGUUCGGGACCGUUAACACCGAAUUCGGAUCUAGCAUCAUUUGGACACCAGUUGAAGGUCAAAAUGGCUGAUGAAAUGUCCAGGGAUAGUUUGGAUGGUGGUCUGUUAUCGAAUUCGAUUUCGCUUCAAGGAAAUCUGAGUAAAACAAUGACAACCAGUAUAUCAACACCACCUGGUCCAAUUGCUGCCGUCUAAAUUAAAUG